AGUUUAAAAAAAGCAUGAACACGGUCAGUGACUAAUGCUUUCCUCAUGCAAAAAAUGGGAAGAAGAAAAAAGACUCCCUUUUUCUUCUCCACGAAGGCACUGAAACACACGCACUAUAGAAGGAGAGUUAUAUAAAUUCUGCUCCCUACAAUCACGCAUUCCCGUUUCACUUUCUUCUAUUUGGGGUUAUGUUCUGUUCUGUCACCAUCAUUCUCGAACCUUCACAAAAACCAGCAAAAGAAAUGGCUCCAAAUUGCUUGCACCAAGUGGCAUUCCUUCUUGUGUUCUUAAUUGUGGUUUCCAGUGGCUAUGCUUGGGUUGGUGUGAACUGGGGAACCAUGGCGACCCACCAGCUUCCGCCCGAGAAGGUGGUCAAGAUGCUGAAGGAAAAUGGGUUCAGAAAACUGAAGCUGUUUGAUGCAGAUGAGUUCAUUAUGGCGGCUCUGAUGGGGACCGGUAUCGAAGUCAUGGUGGCAAUACCCAACAACAUGUUGGACAAGAUAAGCAACAGUCCCAAAGCUGCAGAUUCUUGGGUGAAUGAUAAUGUCACCAGCUACUUGUUCACUGGUGGUGUCAAAAUCAAGUAUGUUGCUGUGGGUAACGAGCCUUUCCUUAAAGCAUAUAAUGGCUCCUUUGCAAAGAAAACUCUGCCAGCACUCAAGAACAUACAGACAUCACUUAAUAAGGCUGGGUUGGGUUCAAAGAUCAAAAUUACUGUUCCAUUCAAUGCUGACAUUUACUAUUCGCCUGAUUCAAAUCCGGUGCCAUCAGCCGGUGACUUUAGGCCUGAAGUGCGAGACCUCACCGUUGAAAUAAUCCAAUUCUUAUACGCAAACAAUGCACCUUUCACAGUGAAUAUCUACCCUUUCCUUAGUCUUUAUGGCAACGAAGAUUUCCCUUUUGAUUUUGCAUUUUUUGAUGGAAACAACAAGCCUCUUAGGGAUGGUAAGACACUUUACACCAAUGUGUUUGAUGCAAAUCUUGACACACUUCUGUGGGCUUUAGACAAGGCAGGGUACCCUGACAUGGAGGUUAUGAUUGGAGAAAUUGGGUGGCCAACUGAUGGUGACAAGAAUGCUAAUGCCAAGAAUGCUAAAAGAUUCAACCUUGGUUUGCUUAAACAUGCUCUAAGUGGCAAGGGUACCCCUAAAAGGAAAGGCACAAUUGACUUGUUUCUAUUCAGCCUCAUUGAUGAGGACACCAAAAGUGUUGCUCCUGGGAAUUUUGAGAGGCAUUGGGGGAUUUUUGAGUUUGAUGGCAAGCCAAAGUAUGAAUUAGACUUAACAGGUCAACAUCAGCAAAAGGGUCUUGUCCCAGUGGAAGGUAUCAAGUACAUGGAAAAGAGGUGGUGUAUUUUGGAUCCAGAUGUUACUAACUUGGAUGAUUUGGCUGGUAACAUUGACUAUGCUUGCACUUUUUCUGAUUGUACUUCCCUUGGCUAUGGCUCUACCUGUAAUAAUCUUAGUGUCCAAGGGAAUGCGUCUUAUGCCUUCAAUAUGUAUUAUCAAGUGAACAACCAACAGAAUUGGGACUGUGAUUUCUCUGGUUUGGCUGUCAUAACACAUAAGGAUCCAUCACUAAAUGGAUGCCAAUUCCCUGUAAUGAUCUCUAGUAGUUCUUCUUUGCUACUGCAUGGAGGGUUUUCAGACAUCCUUAAGAAAGCACUGAGGGUGUUUAUUUUUGUCAUGUUUUUGCUAUAACUGAAAGAUUUAGGAGACCAUUGAGUAUUUUAGAUUGUGUUCUGUCAGAUUUAGUUUUUCUAUUAAUUUUUGGAGCAAGCAUGUAAAUUUAAUUUUGUACCAUUUUGAAGAACCUUGGGACUUUAAGUAGACAGUUUUGGACAACAUUGCUUUUCA